CUCUUUCGAAAAUGGCUUCUUUAUUCAAGUCACUAUCGUUGCUAGAAAUCACCACGUGCCUCGUCACAGUUUUCGCGAUUUUCUGUUGCCUUGCAGAGGCUACUGAUUACACCGAGUACACGGAUAAAAAAGUGGCCUACAAAAUUCACGAGGACCCAAAAACUUGGCUGGAAGCAAAGCAAGUGUGCGCCGAAGAAGGAGGCAGCUUGGCAUUCAUAGACACUCGUAAAAAGAUUCGAUUUCUGGCAUCAAAGAAGAGUCAAGGUGUUCAACUUUGGGUUGGCAUAUCCAGAACAUCAUCAUCGCCGGAUUGGUCGAGAGUCGAUUGCGAUGACAUUUUGCAUUACCUUCCAUGGGCUCCGUUCGAGCCAUCAAACUCGCAGAACUGCGUUGCCAUCAAAGGCUGCAACGGAGGAUUAUCAAGUCAGAACUGUUUCGACCGAAAAGCAUUCGUCUGUGAAAAAAGAGUGUGAAACUACAGUAUCAGUGUGUAUAAUGCGUGCAAAAUGAGUAUAACCAUCCUACCAAUUGUAAUCGACUAUA